AUGUUGUCCUUCAAGUGGACCCUCCUCUUCCUGCUCUUGCUCAUAAGCAAUGUUACAGCCAUCCCUGGAAUCAACAACCAAGACAUGCAAAUCUUGGUUGGAGCUGCGGGCGCAGUUGGUGUUGUGAGCAUCCUAGGCUGGCAUCUUGCCAAGCAUCCAAAGGCUGCGGAAGACAAACUUGUCGCCGUAUUCCAAUCCGUUCAAGAUGGUAUCCAGGUCAUGGAGUCCAGCCUAUCUCCUACUCCGACCGCCACAUCCACAACCUCUGAAGGCCCCAGUGUUAUUGUCAAGACAAUCAUAUCGGAAGGCAACACAGAUGGGACUCCUCAGUCGAUAGAUCCUUUAGCUGAGCCCAAGACACGGUUCUUCGAGGUUGGCGCAUGGAGCAAUGGCACGAUCACUCGUAUCGAAGAGAUUAUCAGCUUCCAGGUCCACAACACCAACGAUACGAAUUCAAACAGCUCUGUCACUGCCGAUAACGAUACUCUCGCUCCUCAUGAAUGGCUCGAUCAUGAAAACUCUCAGGCUGAACGUGUUUCCAAGGGCAUCAACCUACCUGUGCAUCGACCUUCUGCUCUCAAUGCAUCCUCUGUUCCCUGGAACCUUGCGUCUAUCUUUGCGAAUGCGUAUGCAGACCAAAAGACGAAGCCCAUCGUUGAGUUUGCAAGGAGGAAGUUCUUCGUUGUCCGCGACUUCUUGAACAAGGCGCUCGGUCUUUUCCUGAAGCUGGCACCGGCUCCUCAAGCCUUCAUUCUGGUCGGCAUCCCGCUUCUGGCCAACAUCGGCACGGUAAAGAAAGGCCUCGUGAUCUUGUCCCGCUUUGCUCCUCUUGCCCUCCUCUAUCUGCUUGACGAUCUAAGCAGAUAUAUCGAAGGGUAUCCCAGGGGAGAAGCGGAACCGGAGCUCACCAUCGAAGCUGAUACUCAACCAUUGCCUGUUGAUGAGUUAGUGGUUGCCCUCGAUACGCUGGCGGAUGUUCCACUGGGCACAACUCCUGCCACUCAAUCCACGUCGAGUCUAACAGAGACUGAAGAGGACGAUGGAGCUGAAGCAUUCGAUGUUACCAUCGAGUCAGACCAGCAGAGCACACAGACAGCCUGGAUCGGUAACGUAGCAGACGACGAAGAAGAGAGCCUCCCAAUGGUUCACCCCGAGCAUUACACAGACACGGGAAUCUGCAAGAGACUAUGUGAAGGAUCGCUUCAAGCACCGCCACCUAGGGACUCAGCCAGGGUCCUGGAGUUCAUUCGCAACCCGCGCGCUCGAAAGCAGAAGAAGGAACAUCCACCACCGCAAAGCUCAAGACCUGGCUUUCGCAGACCAGGGCAGAGGCUCGUUCUCGUCAGAUCGGCCCUGCCGUCGGGAGCACUGCUUUCCAACACUGAGCCAGAAGCCCAAGUUGAGGCUACAAACCUGCCAUUGCCACAAGUUCCAGCUGAAAUCCCCAACCAGCCUCAACAGGAUCCUCUGACCACACAGGCUCCAGAGUGCACUGCUGCCUCCUUGUCCGAGCGAGCGCCUUCCUCCCAAUCGGGUAUGAGUGUUUUGCCAGCUUCAGAAGACAUGCCCAUAUUGGACAACUCACACGAGAGCGAACCUGCAGAUAGCCAGCUUCUGUCAAUCGCCUCCAAUGAGCAUGACCUCACCGACGCCACUUUUACAGAAGGUCAAGGCACCACAACGCCUUCUGAGUCCGUCGUAUCUCCCGCCUGUGCACCCGUCUUGUCGACUCCCAUUGAGGAUCACAAGAAGGACGAGGACCAAGAGCCCCAGCACCAUCCUCCUGCUCCCACCGUGGAAGUCAGCGAAGAUGAGAGCGACAUUCCAAAUGCCUCUGGUCCACUGGCAAGUGUCCUCGAAACCAUCGUGGAGGAAGAAGAGCCGAAGGAGAGCACAGACCAGUCUCAGGCCGACGGUGGCAGCAGCAACGACGAAGCGUGCGAAAAUUCUUUGCCCAGUGAAGAACCGCCCUUCUCUGGCGACAGCACCGAACUUUCCACUGCUGGCUUUGACGAGCUAUUCAAUUCGGACACGCCAGUAUCGACUCCGUCCAAGCAACCGGUUGUCAACCGCUCCAAGGGUACCGACGAAUGUCGUCCUAGUAUACUCCGCAGCCUGACGCCAUCUGCAGAAAAGACAACGACCCGGCCUAAACCCAGCCGUGGAGUCACUAUCGCGGCCGACGCUGAUGGAUCGGUGGUCAACCACACCCGCCACUUCCUCGAACAUGAGGCGCCUGCAGCGGUGCAAGAGUCGAUGGUCAUAGAUGCUCAAGGACAAGCAGCCACUGGCGUUCCACUCUCGGCCGAACAGUCGACACCAAUGACCACUGCGUCUAGUGGCGAGCAACCACUGUUGAACCCUGCUGCAGAAGAUCCGACUCCUGGAUACCAAGUUCAAGAGCAACAGCUGCCCCUUGGUACGCCUGGAAUCGAUCCUGCUUUCCUUAGGACCCUGCACUCGUGGAGUAACAUGUCUGCUGAGUACCAAGCGCAAACUCUUGCCGAGAGUGCGCAGAGCACUGCAUGCCCCGCUGUUGCUUGCGAACAAGCGCCCUCAGAUCUCAUGGAGGUGGUCAAAGCUGCAUCGGAAAGCGACCCUCUGCAAUCUGGGCUGGAAGAUAUGAGCAUAGAUGCUGAGUUAUCGGCCCGCAUGCAUCUGUUAUCUUUAGAAGAUGCGCCGGUGACCAUGGACUUUGAACAGCCGGUGCCCAUGGACUUUGACCGGCCGAUGACCACGGAUUUUGAACGCCCGGUGGCUAUGGACUUUGAACCCGGCGGCCCUGCGGUCGAAUUUCAAUUUCAAUUUCCACAAGAAGCACCACAAGAGCUUCCUUCGCCAGUGCUACCGCCUGGCUAUGAGCCUGCACGUCCGGCAGGGAUCUUCCAUGAGCAGAGCGACUUAGCAGCUCCAGGGCAAUAUGACCAGAUCGAAGUUGACACAGAAAUGGAGGAAGACUUGAUGCCGCCAGAACAUGUCGAAGGGCUUCUUGCGUUCAACCAUGGCACAACAUCUGAGACUCCAGCAGCGGCGAGCAAUGAGCAGCAAGAACCUAUGGCUCCAGAAGAUAUAGCCGCGCUUCUUGCGUUCAACCAUGGCACAACAGCCGAGACUCCAGCAGCAGUGAGCAAUGAGCAGCAAGAACCUAUGGCUCCAGAAGAUGUAGCCGCGCUUCUUGCGGUCAAUCAAGGCACAACAGCCGAGGCUCCAGCAGCAGUGAGCAACGAACAGCAGGAAUUCAUGGCACCAGAAGAUGUAGCCGCCCUUCUUGCAUUCAAUGAAGGCACAACGUCUGAGACUCCGGAGGCCGCAAGCAAUGAGGUUGGUGAUCAGCCGGUAACCGAGCCACGGCCGUGCAAAGAAAAUCUCCUUCAGUCUCCAAUUCCUGGUCUAAGUAUCCAUAAAGAUGCGGACCUAGAAGCGGAACGUCGCGACAAACCGAACGCUGCUAAGCGUGCACGAGACGGCGACGACCGAGUUCCUACAGACCCGUGGGCUGACACCCCCCAAGCCGAUCGGAUGAGGCAAUACGAGGGUUGUGACCGAAAGUACGCGUCAAUGAAAUCUGUGACUCUCCGAUGCGACCCUUUGGUGGCAGCUGCGCUUCUUCAACAAGAGUCACAGCAGACUCGGCCGGCGGUGAACCCCUUUGAGAACCUGGAGCACACGACAUAUCCAGUGAUAGAUCCAGCACUCCUUGGUGAACCUGUCUCCCAGGCACGCGAAGAUAGCGAUGCCCCCCAGGUUGGCACACAACCUCAGCAUGGAACGGGUGAGAUGUAUCAAGAAUACAUAAACGUGGAUCAAACCGCUGAUGGUGACGACGACCUUCAUGAAGAAAGCGGCGUUGACAAUCAAGUCACUCCAGGGGAUGAGGAAGACAACCACGGCCAAGGAGAAACCGGCGAAUACCCUCCACUUGAGGAGGAAGGGGCUCAAGAAGAAGUCGACAGUCACUACCCUGAACUUGAGGAUGACACCUUGGGAUACGUAAGCGUAGACCAUGAGUCUGAAGACGCCGUUCAAGAUCAUGGCGACUCCUCAGAAGACGAAUUCGAAGCGGCUCAACGUGCAUAUGAACGGCAGAGAGCGAUAGCUGAGGCGUACCGCACAGGCGAGAGUGCCUAUUCGGCGAAUGCCGAACACAAUGCGGAUGAAGAAGAUGAUGAAGAGGAGGAGGAAUCCGAGGAGGAAGACGAGGAAAGUGACGAAGAGGGCGGAGAGGACCCUUGGGACGAUAGCGAUAGCGAUGACGGCUAUGGUGGAGGAUAUGGGCAGGGUGACAGUGAAGGAAACGGUGAUAGUGGAGGAUCUCAAGAACGGCAAGGGUUUGGUGAGGAGGAGGACGAGAGUGAAGAAGAGCUGAGCGAGGAUGACGAGGACGACGACGACGACGACGACGACGACCAGUCCGCCGACAUGCCGGGAGAAGAAGACGGCUUCCCUUGCAGGGAGAGAAUGUUCCGUGAGCUCAACCAACUUCAAGCAACGACUCCCCAGCCUGACACCAUAGAGGAGCCAUGGCGAGUGGUCGUCAACGGUCGGCGGACAUACGAUCAUGCAUCUGUGGCUUCAAACAUAUGGUGGUGUGCCACAGUGGGCAGGGAAUGGCUGUGGGCCAAUUGGGACGGCAUCAGAAGAGUACAUGGCCGGUACAUGAUUGCUCUUUGCCAGGAAAUCAUCGGUGACCAUGAGGAACUGGACUCUUAG